AUGGCUUCCAAGGAGAGCCAAAUGACCGCCACGCUCCUGACUUCCAUCCUGGCAGCUGUGUUCGGCUCCCUCCAGAUCGGCUACCACACAGGCAAUGUCAACGCCCCAGCAAGGAUCAUCGAGGAGUUCUUCAACCACACCUGGUGGUCCAGACAUAAUCAGUCAAUGCCAGAUCACAGCCUGACCUUCCUGUGGUCCCUCUCCGUCAGCAUCAAGGACUUUGGAGCCCUGCUGGGGUCACUAGGGGUCAAGUGUCUUGCUGACACCUUCGGCAGGCGUAACUCCAUCCUGAUAGUGAAUGCCCUGUCGGUGGUGGGAGCCUGUCUGAUGUUUGCCUCUAAAGCCAAUGAGUCCUUUGAGAUGCUGAUCGUUGGUCGGCUGGUGUUCGGUCUGUUCUGUGGCCUUGUGAUGUGUCUCAACCCUCUCUACAUCCAGGAAGUCUCCCCCACCAACCUCAGAGGGGCCUUCGCUACCCUCAACCAGGUGUCCUUCGCUACGGGCAUACUCCUGGGCAUGGUAGCUGGUCUUGAAACAGUGCUGGGGACGAAAGAGCUGUGGGCUAUGAUGUUAUCCCUGUCUCUGAUACCUGCCCUGCUACAGUACCUGGCCCUCCCCUUCUGUCCUGAGAGCCCCAGAUACCUGCUCAUCAACUGCGGUCAGGAAAGCCAGGCAGAGACUGCCCUGUGCCGUCUGAGAGGCCCGUCAGAUGAGGUGUUCACGGAGCUGGAGGAGAUGAAGCAGGAGGCGGCUCACACCCAAUCAGCCCUCACCGUCAAGGAGUUCUUCACCAAACGCUCCUACCGACAGCCAAUCAUCAUCGUCCUCAUCGUUAACCUGGGCUCCCAGCUCUCAGGCUUCAACGCGAUCAUCAAUUAUUCCACCAAGAUGUUUGACAAGGCUAACUUUGACGAAGCCAAGUAUCUGACGCUGGGGGUGGGGGCUGUGAACGUGGCCUUCACUCUGGUGGCGUUCUUCCUGAUGGAGAGGGCGGGGCGUAGGAAACUACUGCUGACUGGCUUCCUGUGUCUAGCUGUGUGCAACCUCUCCAUGACCGUCAUAGACUCAGUCCUGUUCCUUGUCCCAGAGCUGCGUAGCCUGCAGGUGUUGGUCGUGUUCUUCCUGAUCUCAGCCUAUGAGGUGGGACCUGGUCCUAUUUCCUGGUUCAUCGCUGCAGAGCUGUUUGACCAGCCAGCCAGACCAAUCGCCAUGGCCUUCACCAGCAUGCUCAACUGGGGAGGGAAGUUCAUGCUGAAACUGUGUGGUGCUUAUGUGUACCUCCUCUUUAUGACCAUGGCUCUGGCAGCCUUCAGCUUCACUUGGAGACGCCUACCUGAGACCAAGGGACGCACCUUCGAUGACAUCGCAGCCGAGUUCCGAGAGUCCGAGGGCAUCCCCCUGCACAUUAAGACUGGUUUCAACACCUUCCCCUGACCUGACCGCCCUGGCCCCCCUCUCACCUUACCCCCUCCCCGGAGGUCGGAGGUUGUACUGGGGGGGGUCACCGAGGUCUUCUUGUGUUCAACCUUCGCUUGGGACAAAUCCUUUAUUGUAUUCAACCUUUUGCUUAACCAGGUCAGAACACGACCUCUAACACAAGGGAGACAUGGUGGGACUGAUACAGGACUUCAGGUGGUGGCCUCCCACAGUG